UAGGUUCACCUAAAACUUUUUCUCUGUGUGAGUGGGUGUUGCGGGAUUUCUUCUUGUCCAGCAGGAUUCCAGUUGUUUUCGUUCCUUGUGCAAUUUCUGGUGUGAAUUUCCUGAAAAUGGAAAUGGCAAAGUCACUCUUUGGCACACGAGAUCACGAGGGAUACGUUGGCAGAGAAGAACAUACGAAGAAACUCGACACAGCUGCUUCCGAGGAUGAUGCUGAAUUGGCAGAAAUCACUGAAUCUCUCCACCUUGUUCGACCAAGUCCCGGAGGUCCCUUUUCAGCCCUCACGCCAUCCAUGUGGCCACAGGACAUUCUCACGAAACUCGGUCAGCCUGAGAGUGACAGUGACCAGGCUGAUUAUCGAUUUGAUGAAUUUGGUUUCCGGGUUGAGGAGGAAGAUGGCCCAGAACAGAGUUCCAAUAAAUUACUCAGCAUUCCUUUUGUCGAAGAUGACAAACAUCGUUUGCAGUGGAUUGCCCAUUUGGAAUUUUCCCAUCACAAGGAAGCAACAGAACUCACCUGGGACACGGUGGAUGUUGUUCUGCCACGCACAGAGAAGCUGAGAAAUAUGGUCAGAGCUGGAAUUCCGCAUUCCCUGCGUCCGCAGAUGUGGAUGCGGCUCUCGGGAGCGUUGCAGAAGAAGCUAAAAACCGAGACUACAUACCGUGAAAUUGUCAAAGCAUCCAGCAAUGAUGCCCUAAUGACAUCGAAGCAGAUAGAAAAAGAUCUCUUGCGCAUCAUGCCAACAAAUGUCUGCUUCAGUUCACCAUCUGGCACAGGAAUUCCACGUCUUAGGCGUGUCCUCAGAGGCAUAGCCUGGCUCUAUCCGGACAUUGGAUACUGCCAAGGAACUGGCGUAAUUGCUGCUUCACUGUUGCUCUUUAUGGAAGAGGAAGAUGCCUUCUGGAUGAUGGCAACAAUUGUAGAAGAUCUUCUGCCAGCCUCCUACUAUUCCUCCACCCUUCUGGGCAUCCAGGCAGAUCAAAGGGUGAUGCAGACCCUGAUUGGCAAUUACCUGAGCACAGUGGAUGAUGCCCUCAAGAGUCAUGACAUCGAACUCUCUCUCAUCACUCUCCACUGGUUUCUCACCAUCUUCGCCAGUGUCGUGCACAUGAAGAUUCUCCUGCGUGUAUGGGAUUGGUUCUUCUACGAUGGCUCCAUUGUCCUCUUUCAGCUCACCUUGGGCAUGCUCAAAAUCAAGGAGCCCAAUUUGAAAGAUCUGGAAAAUUCUGCACAAAUCUUCAAUUCACUGAGUGACAUCCCUGGGGACAUUGACGACGUGGAGAAUCUCUUUGCCAUUUCCAUGGAAGUGGGUGGAUCUCUCAGUCAGACUGUCAUUGAUACCCACAGGAGACGGCAUCUGGCCUACCUUAUGGCAGACCAGGGUACUCUUGUGGGUAAUCCCGAGGCUACACCCAAUCUGCCCAAACAGCAAUUGGUCAAGCGUCAGGUGAAGAAGAAUAAAUCUGUCAUCCAGACACUCCUCUUUGGUGCUGAGAAUGGAGAUGAGGAUCUCAAAUCGAAAAAUAUCAAGCAAACGGAAAUCCUUGUGGAUCUCCGAGAGGCUAUUCUCAAGGUAGCUCGUCACUUUCUCACAAUCGAACCCAAACUUCAGGCUCACAUUAAAUUAGUGGCUGACUACACGAUGGACAGUCAUGCCAAGGAUCAUGAAGACUAUAUCAAUGUGUCGCGGAAUAGAAAGAGACGUGCCAAGGCACUGCAUGACUUUGAGCGUCAUGACGAUGAUGAAUUAGGUUUCAGGCGCAAUGACAUUAUAACAAUUGUGAGCCAGAAGGAUGAACACUGCUGGGUGGGUGAACUCAAUGGACUCCGUGGAUGGUUUCCGGCAAAAUUUGUCGAAUUGCUCGAUGAGAGGAGUAAGCAGUACAGUUCUGCUGGAGAUGAUGCCAUCUCUGAGACCGUUACGGAUUUGGUGAGAGGAACAUUUGCACCGACAAUUAAACAGGUGCUAGAGCAUGGGAUGCGGAGACCAUCUUUUCUCGGUGGUCCAUGCCAUCCGUGGCUGUUUAUCGAGGAGGCAGCUACGCGGGAGGUAGAGAAGGAUUUUGAUUCGGUUUACAGUCGCCUGGUGCUGUGCAAGACGUACCGUUUGGAUGAGGAUGGAAAGGUGCUGACACCAGAGGAAUUACUCUACAGAUCCGUCCAGUCGAUUAAUCAGAGUCACGACAAUGCUCAUGCUCAGAUGGAUGUAAAAUUGCGAUCAUUGGUUUGCCUAGGGCUCAAUGAACAGGUGCUGCAUCUGUGGCUCGAGGUACUGUGCAGUUGUGUGGAAAUUGUUCAAAAAUGGUACUAUCCAUGGAGUUUUAUCUAUUCACCCGGAUGGGUGCAGAUCAAGUGUGAAGUGCGAAUUCUUUCGCAAUUUGCCUUCAAUCUCAAUCCCGAUUGGGAAUUGCCGGCCAAAAAGGGUGUUCAGAGUCAACCGCUUAAGGAUGGUGUCCGGGAUAUGUUAGUGAAACAUCAUCUCUUCUCCUGGGACCUCUAAAUUAUCAAUUGUAUUGAACAAGGUUAUUGCAUUUCCUUUUCACCAAUUUUGCCAUCUUCUAGUGCAGCUCACAUUGUCUUUUUUUUCAUGGACAAGAUCUUAACAAAAACAAAAACUAUUUUUUAAUUUAGGAAAAAAAAACCAUGCUAUUUUAUGAAAAAGAAAAAGUGUAAAUUGUAAAGUUAAUUUAUUCAAAUAGAAAAUCUUACGUAAGAUUCUUGA